AUGUGCUACUUAGACAUUGAAGCGGUGCGCACGUCGCUCCUCAAGCUGACCAGCGAUUCAAAGGCCUUGACCCUCUUGAGCAAUGCUUGUGCAUUGUUGGAACAGGAGCUCGAGAUGAUUCAGUUCUACGCUCGGGUACCGAGCAAAUCCAACGUUCAAGACCAGGUGCUUCUCGCGGAAAUGGCCAAGCUGGUAAACUCGCUUGUCGGGGUUGCUUGCACUCGGUACACGAGUGUACCACGUGAUGCUUUCAUUCUUUUCUUCUUCCACAGCCACUUCAUGAGCAAUGCUGUGAAGGACGUCAUUGGUCGACCUGCUGAUUUGAAGGCUCGCAGGUCGCUGACGCAGUCCUCACUCAGGUCGAAGCUCACGGCCAAGGUUGUUUGUCAUGGUCGACUACUCUUUCGCACAUGGAUCUCUCCGUUCAAUUUUCGGCCGUUACCCAGCAGUGCCGACUAUCAGAAGAUCAGUCAAGAGCGGAUCUUCUUUUCCAAAGUUUCUGGGCCUCAGUUUGCUGCGGAAGCAUCGCGGAACAGGUUGGACUUGCCCUUUGACAAAGCUUUGGAGGAGCUGACGACGCGAUUGGUCCAUGAAAACGCACAGGAACAAGUGGUGGCAGCUGGUGUGAAAUCUUCGAAGCCCAGGAGGCCUGUGUCGAGCGCACAGAGCCGGCCUCGAGCCAGCCCCAGCCACAGUCCGUCGACAUUGAAGCGGGCACGUUCGGUAGGCUCCGUGGGCUCGCGGCCAAGUUCUCCAGCGUCCCCUUCAUCAAAGAGGGGUUUGACCACGGCAGGCAUGCCGGGGCGUCCGCGCAACUUCCUUGGUCAGUGGCCCCAAACUCCGCCACAACUGGCUUCUCGGCUGCUGUCUCGCCAUUGCAUCGGGCAUCAGGGGCCUCCGUCUGCAGGUACAACGCAACCUCGUGAAGCCUGGGGAUCAGCAGAACCAGAGCUUGAAACAGAUGGCUUGCAGGAACUUGUCCCGGACAUGGACGGUGGUGCAGGCCCUGAAAAGCAGAGUGCUGACAGAGCUGGAGGAGAAGGCCAAGGUCCUGAACUUCAACUCUUUGGGUCUGUGUUGCGCGACGUUUCACGACGCUCAUCGGGCUCCGCGGCACCUACCAAGCGAGGCAGAAGCAAGCCUCGGCGACCUGACAUGCUCCUGAGUAUGGGUUCUUCCAGAAGAGGAAGUUCAAACUCGAACUUUUCGGAAGUCGGUGACGAGAGGAGAACAUUCUCGAAGAGCAACAGCAAAGAUUCCAGCCUGGCCGUGCCGAGCCCCUACCCCAUCCAGGAGGUGGCUGAAGUAGCCCCGAGAUCCAGAGCAAAGGAGUUCACUGAUCAGCGACUUGCACAGAUGCUGCAGUUGCCGCUUGAAGUUGUGAAGCAGGCCGCACACUGCUUUCGGCAACACGCAGCGUGUGAACCUCCAAGACGUCCAGAUUUGUGGAGAUUGAAACAGUCGGACUUUGAGAAGGUUCUCUGCGAUCUUUGCCAUGUGGCAAACAUCAGCGAGCUCUCCCAUUUGUUUGUUUCCAAGGCUUUCAGGCUUGCGGACAUGACGAAGAGCGGGGACCUGGAUCUUCAGGAGUUUGUCACCUGGUAUGCCACGUUCAGCUUCUCGGAGGAGCUGCUGCUUGGGAAAUCCACAAAGAGUGUUCGUUCAGUGGCCCGCAGUUUGGGAAUCAAUCUGCUCGACAUCGAGCGCUACAAGCGCGUCUUCGACAGCUACGAUAAAGACAAAAGCGGCGUCAUUGAGAUGGCAGAGUUCCGGCUGAUGGUGAACCGCCUGCUAAAGGUGCCAGCGGGGCAUCACUUGCCAUCAUCAGUCGUGAAAAGCUUCUGGAACAUGGCGGACAGUGAUGGGAAUGGCGAGAUUGACUUCACCGAGUUCUGUGAGUUUUAUUUGAAAGUUUUCAUGAAAGACGAGGGAGGUUUCCAGCUGAGUGAUUUGUACAGGGACAUCCGAAAGGUUCCAGUGAACAGGCGGCGUGUUUCAGGCUGA